GGCGAUCUGACCUGUUCAACGUUGUUCCAAGUAUGGAGCAGUUGGGACCCCACUCAUCUCAACCCCUCAACCCCUCAACCCCUCAACUGUAAAUUUAGGCUGCCACCAAACAACACACAACGUAAACAGGCACCAACCACAGAAAUUCAACCUCCGUCAAUCAACUAAGAGACACACAUAACUUCGUCAACAUGGCGUCUACCGUACUUCCUGAAUCGGGCAAUCCUCUCGUCUUUUUCGACAUCACACUUGGCGGCGAACCCCUCGGCCGCAUCACCUUUGAGCUCUUCAAGGACGUGGUUCCCAAGACGGCCGAGAACUUCCGCCAGUUCUGCACCGGCGAGUACAAGGACCAUCUCGGCCGGCCCCAGGGCUACAAGGGCUCCAAGUUCCACCGCAUCAUCGCCAACUUCAUGUGCCAGGGCGGCGACUUCCUCAACGGCGACGGCACGGGGUCGACGUGCAUCUACGGGACCAAGAGGUUCGCCGACGAGAACUUCAACAUCAAGCACGACCGGGCGGGCCUGCUGUCCAUGGCCAACGCGGGGCCCAACACCAACGGGUGCCAGUUCUUCAUCACCACGGUGCCCACGCCCUUCCUGGACGGCAAGCACGUCGUCUUUGGCCGCGUCGUCGAAGGCAUGGACGUCGUCCGCAAGAUGGAGCACACCAAGACCGGCCUCAAGGGUAAGGACGUGCCCAACCUGGACGUCGUCAUUGCCGAGUGCGGCGAGCUGUGAAAAAGAAAAAAGGGGUCGAAUUUUCGAGGCGGAAAGCGAGGAUGCUGAAGAACCAAGUCGAUCAUCAAUUUGUAGAUCGAUGAGUGGACGCGCAGAAUGAAUAGUACAGUGUUUCGGCUCUAGCUUCUACGUUCAUACGUAUCUGUAAGUGCUGUGAUUGUUGUCUCCUGGAAACCAACUACUGCCUGCCAAACAACUGGGGAUUGAAGGGAGGGGGGG